AUGGACAUGCUGAGCCGACGUGUGGACGCGUUGAACCUCGACUCCUCGACGGAGUUCGUCUAUGAUGGGUAUGUUCCAGUGACCUUUCUGUGGAACAUUCUCCCAGAGGCGAUCCUUUAUGGUGCAUUCGCAGUGCUAUUGGUGCUCGACGUUUACGUAAUAACCACUCGAGCAAGGCGCAAGAUCGUAACGGUGAACAAGCCUGUAUUGGUUGUAGUGACCCUCAUGUUUCUCGUUGCAACCACACUGAGUCCGGCCAUGAUUGCUCUUCUUGGGGACAUGCUGAUGUUUUCAUCGGCAAUCCAGCAUAUUGUUGCCAAUAUCUACCAACCAUAUGUGGACAUGUCGGAAAAUGGUAUUAGAUUGGGCAACAUCGAUCUCGGGGUCGCUCAGAUUGUCCAGGUGGCUGCCUUUCUCAUGCAAAUGUGGCUAGGAGACGGUUUCAUGCUAUACAGGCUUUGGAAGAUAUGGGACAAGGACAAACGGAUGUUGGUUGGGUUCCUCAUCAGUAUUCGUGAGUGA